AUGAAGGCCGGGGGUCUUCACGUUUUUUCCUACUCGAGAUCGGCUUCUGGUCAUGAUUUCGUUGUUGUUCCAGCAAGCAAGGGAAAGAAGGCUACCCUACACAACCUCUCCAUCGAUCGACCCCUUGUUGCUGGUGCCCAAACAGCCGUGGGCCGCACGCGCAGCCUGUUUCUUCGUGGAAAGGUGUGUGCACUCGGCACAAUCCAGGGCGGGGGGAAAGCAACGUAUAGCAACCACGGCUCGCGUUCACGACACCGCUGGGUUUUCGAGGACGCCCCCCAGGCAGCGACUGGGGCAGGGCGGUGGGGGCGGCGGGUACGGAUUGCCAGCGCGAACAUGGCGUUCUGCUUCCAGUGUGUCUCAAACUCUGAGGUCGGCGUUGUCGAGCGGCUAGGGAAGUUCACCGGGCUGGCCGCGCCGGGGUUGAACUGCAUCCUGUGGCCAAUCGAUGUCAUUGUUGCCAAAAUAUCUACGCGUGUUCAGCAGCUCGAUGUCCGCAUGGAGACCAAGACGAAGGACAACGUGUUCGUGACGGCCGUCGUGUCCGUGCAGUACCAGCCCAUCAAAGAAAAGAUAUACGACGCAUUCUAUCGACUCACGGACCCUCAGGCGCAGAUCCGCUCUUAUGUCUUCGACGUCGUCAGAAGUACACUUCCCAAACUCGAUCUUGACCAGGCUUUCGAUUCGAAAGAGGACAUCGCCGUGGCGGUGAAGAACCAGCUUGAGGAGGUGAUGAAGGAGUACGGUUACCAGAUCCUGCAGGCCCUGGUGACCGACAUGGACCCGGACCCCCGCGUGAAGGAAGCCAUGAACGAGAUCAACGCCUCCAAGCGGAUGAGAGAGGCGGCCACCAACAAGGCCGAGGCCGACAAGAUCAUGCAGGUUAAGGCGGCUGAGGCAGAGGCAGAGUCCAAGUACCUGUCCGGCGUGGGUGUGUCCAGGCAGCGCAAGGCUAUCGUCGACGGCCUCCGCGACUCCGUGCAGAACUUCGCCGAAGCCAUCGACGGAACAUCCCCGAAGGACGUGAUGGAUCUGCUUCUCCUGACCCAAUAUUUCGACAUGCUCCGCGACGUGGGUCAGUCUUCCCGCGCGGCGACGGUGUUCCUGCCGCACGCGCCGCAGUCCGUGGCAGCCAUCCAAGCCGCCAUGCGCGACGGGUUUAUGCAGGGACAGGCGGGGAGCACCGAGACUCCCCCCCCAAACAUGCAACAGCACAAGAUGGUGCGCUGA